GAUAACUCAAUAGCAGUUAACUCUACAGGAUACCAAUAUGAUAUAAAAUAUCGUGCUGGUAAACAGAAUAACAAUGCUGAUUUCUUCUCAUGUCUACCUGAAUAUUUAAAGGAUAAUGGAUGA